AUGGAUCUGCCCCCGCCUUGCUCCACGAUCCUGGAUCUGGAGCCGCUGUCCGCUGACCAUCGAGCUCUCAAGUACUUCCAGACACACCGACUCAAAACACUCAUGACCCCACGCUGAUCUGUGUGGCAUCGGUGUGUCUGCAGUAGGCUGCAGUGGUGGCUGCAGUGGUGGCUGCAGUGGUGGCUGCGGUGGAUGGCCUGGCUGCCGUGGACACGCCGUUCCGCUGAUUAUCGGAGAGUCGCCGACAGUCAGCCGCUGCUAUCAGGAGCCACUGCUGAUGGUGACGUCAGCGAUUCCGACACUCAGCAGCACCUCGACAUCGUCAUCGCUGGUGGGGCUGGUGACGGUCAAGACCUGCUGCCGGAUGUCCUGGGCCGUGUGUUCGCCUCAUUGCUGCCUGUGGACGAGUCGGUGAGGGCCCGGGCGGUCGGCAAGACAUACAGCUCUCAGCUGAUUGACGAGGCCUUCCUAUGGCGCAUCGACAGCUCCCUCGCCCAGCAGCAGCUCACCGGCCUCAUCGACGUGGAGAGGGACCGCGGCGUCGACCCCUCGGCCCCUCCACUGCCGCCGUCUCUCUCGCGGCUUGGGUACCUCUCUCGCUGUGCCUAUGUCAUCGAGCAGGCGGCUCAGUGGCCCACGAUGGUCACAUUCAUCAAGCUGGCGCGUGUCUGCGGUUUUGCUGGCCAGCUGCCGCUGGUGCUAUCGGCUGAGAGUGUGGCGGCUCAUGUGCCCGACAAGGUCAGCUUCCAGCGGCUGCCGGCUACCAUGGCCGUCUACAAGACGCUCGGGGGUCAGCUCCACAGUGACGACUCCCACCCCAGCAGCUCGGAUGAGGGCCUCCAGCUGACGGAGGGCAAGAAGGGGUGGACUUUCUUGAUUGUAAAGCCGAUUUGGCCGCUGAAUUUUCUCCUGAGUUUUCUCCUGACCUUAGUCUUUUCCGCCGUCUAUGUGGUGGCCUGCGGGUGGGUGGUCGUGAGAAUCCUGCGAUGGACUUACAAUGACACUUUUGGGCAUGACGACAAUCUUGGCGAUCUCUUUGUGGAUUGGCUGGUCUUCAUCUUUGUUGGCGGCAUCCUGAACAUCUGCUUCCUUAUAGGGGCCUCUGCUUUCGGGUUUGUGUUCGGUUUGCACGUAUGGCACCUGCCGCUUGUGAGGUUGAGGCGACUGCGAUGGUUCCGCAUCGGGAAGCAGCACCGUUUCCGCCUUGGCGAAAGGGACGAGUCGUUUGGGAGCUAUCACGAGUGCGAUCCGCCCGUCAAGUGCGGCCGGCGCACCUUUCCCUCUUUCAGCUCAUUCGCAAUGGCCUCGUUGAUGAAGCGAGCGGAACAACCCGGAUCUUCCAUGAGGACGGUGGUCUCUGCCGAUCUCGGCCGGAACCAUGUCGGCUAUCUGUCACUCCUGCGCGGCUCCUCCUUGGCCGCUGAAUCAGACGCAGCCCGCAUCGUCAUCGAUUGGCAACAGGACUGCGUGAGGGGGGGCCGCAUGGUGGUCUUAAUGCUGGGGGGUGGGACUGUGGUGGCCUUUGUACACCUCGAUGGUGACGGCAGCGAUGGCGGGCGCGUUGCCGUAAAGACGACCGAGGUGGAGGCGGCGGAUGGGGGCGGGCUCGACGAGCGGUUCCCCAUCACUACGCUCGCCGUGCGGCAGCUGCUGCGGCGGUAUGCUCUCGAAAAUGAGACGCUUGGCCCCUCGUCAUGACUGACUCAUUCAUUUCUCUGGAGAGGCUGUCGGUGUCCUGGUUGGGUUUCCGUGCGGUUUGGGCUGUAAUGGGGUGGGUGGGCCAGUGCACGUGGUCGAUCGAAUGUCCGAUUACCCUGCGGACAUUCGAUGACUGCGACGGACGAUCGACGAGAUUUUUCUUUGCGUGUCCGUCCACACGAGUCGAUUGGGGCUGGAUCACAUCAUGGACGGCCCAUUGCUGUGAUGGUUGAGGGGCAUUCGUGUGUGUGUGGACGGCUCUGUCUGUGCUGGUGGCUGAUGGAUGGAUGGAUGGAUGACGUUGAU